CUUGCAACUGUUUUGUCUGAUUUGUUGAACUGUCAAAAAGAAAAAGACAACCUCUUUUCAAAUUAAAAACUGUCAAACUUCUGUAAACAGCAGCAAUGAGGUUCAUCUGUGCAGUGUCCCUGCAGGCACAGAGCGUUGUGCAGUUCCCAUUCUCUCAGCAGCCAUAAGGAGUCAGUGACCUGUAAGCGCUCAUUAUGAAGAGAGAUCUGGUUUUCUUGGUGACUCUAAUUAGCCUUGCCUUCCUGUCACUGCUAAGAUCUGGAUAUCCUCAACACAUUGCAGAGGAGUCCUGCUCUGUUCAGAUUCUUGUUCCAGGCCUCAAAGGAGAGGCUGGAGAAAAGGGGGAGAAAGGUGCUCCAGGUCGUCCAGGCAGAGUUGGACCUCCAGGAGAAAAAGGAGAAAUGGGGGACAAAGGACAGAAAGGCAGCAUAGGACGGCAUGGAAAAAUUGGUCCUAUUGGUUCAAAAGGUGAAAAAGGAGAUAAUGGUGACAUAGGACCACCAGGUCCUAAUGGUGACCCAGGCAUCCCUUGUGAGUGCAGUCAGCUAAGGAAGGCUAUUGGUGAAAUGGAUAUUCAAGUAGCCCAGCUGACGACAGAGCUAAAAUUCAUAAAAAAUGCACUGCCCUCCCCCGCAGCUGUCGCCGGCGUGCGUGAGACAGACAAUAAGAUCUAUCUGCUGGUGAAGGAGGAGAAGAGGUACAAGGAAGCCCAGCUGUACUGCCACGGACGAGGAGGGACGCUGAGCAUGCCCAAGGAUGAGACUGCCAACAACCUGAUUGCCUCGUACAUCAACCAGGCUGGGCUCACCAGAGUCUUCAUUGGGAUUAACGACCUGGAGAAAGAGGGGAAUUUCGUCUAUUCUGACCGGUCGCCCAUGCAGACCUUCAACAAAUGGCGCAGCGGGGAGCCCAACAACGCUUACGAUGAGGAGGACUGUGUGGAGAUGGUGGCGUCUGGGGGCUGGAAUGAUGUUGCCUGUCACAUUACCAUGUAUUUUGUGUGUGAAUUUGACAAAGAAAAUGUCUAAGCUGCUCUGCUCUUUCUCUAUUGUAAGAAAAAUGUUUAAGACAAUUGUACAAGUUGCUCCAGAGUUUAUAGAGUACAAGUGAAAUUUUGCAAGUAUGUGGCGUCAGGGUUGUACAGCUGUAAAUACAGUUUAGGUAUUUCAAAUAUCAGAAUUUACCCUUCAGAAGGGAAGAGCAGUAAUAAGGCAUAGCUUAGUUGUCUUUUUUUUAUGUAGGAAAAUAUAUCUAUGUAGAUAAAAAUGUGCUCUGGGGCUAUAUUUUGCCCUUACAACAGUUAACAAAUGUGAUUACAUGACUGUAAGGGAAGGCAGAAUUUGCCCUCUAGUUGUUAGAAUGGUUAGAAUUAGAUUCCUGAUAUUCUUUUAUCUUAAUAAAGUUUGUAGUUAUAAAUGCUAAUUACUUGUAGUGCUACAGGGAUAUUUUGGCAACAAGACAUAUUUUGUAUACUCCAGUUAAUAAGUACAAAUAUUACUGUAGGUUUUUUGAAUGUUACAACUUAAUUUUUUUUUAACUGGCCAAAGCAAACCAAAAGUCAUGAUUCCUACUAUUUUAUAAUGUUUCUCCAUUAAUCUGUUCACAGAUGUAUGACCAAAAAGCAUUUAAGUAAACUGAAUUUUAGUGCUGAGGGAGAACAAAGUCUAGUGAAAGGUGUCCCUGCCCAUGGCAGGGGGUUGGAACUAAGUAACCUUUAAGGUCUCUUCCAAUCCAAACUAUUCUAUGAUUCCAUGAUUCUAUGCUAUGAAAAUUGUUAUAAUUUAGUAUUGAGGGUUUCCAUCCAGAUUGUGUUUUGGGGUUGGCUAAAUGUAAAAGUAACAAUUCAAUUUUCUGCAUUCCUUUGUUGAAAAUUAUUCAGUGCAUGAAGUAUUUCAGACACUAAAUAAUUCCCUAAAGUAAAUAUUUCACAUUUUUUUAGAUAAUCUUGGUGCAUCUUGUUACAAAACAAGCAAAAAUACCAGCCCUCCACAAUUUAAGGCAGACUUCAUAUAUAUGCAAUUAAGCUCAUGAAAAGAAAUUAGUGAUCAGUUCCUUUUAGUAAGAAAACAGCUUACACGGAUUGUUAAAAUAAUCCCCUGAAAAGCAGAAAAGUUUCCAAAAUUUUCCUGUGUAUAUAGCAGUAAUAAAUAAUUUUGCACAAAUAAUUUAUGUACCAAAUUUACCAUUGCAUGUGAUGGAAAACGCGAUGUAUAUUUAAAAAAAAAACAUCCCAGCAUAAUUUCACAAAAGAAAUGAUGAAUUACUUUAAAUCUUCCCAGGAGCCAGUUGCAUGCCACCUCAUCUCACUGUUAGGCAUAGAAAAAUAAAAAAAAAAAAUUGCAAAAUCUCUGUGUUUCUUUAGGAAUACCUUGCACAGUGUUUUAAGAUGAUUUUUAAGGAUAAAUGAUUCUUGCAUAACAUUCUGGUCAAAAUGCAUGUCUGAUCAUUAUGGCAGAUUGGCAUAUAGGAUAUCCACAGUGGAUACGGCAUGUGGUCCCAGAGAUUUCCUUACAACAAGGAAACCAGCUCAUAUCAACUCUGCUGUGCUGUGGCAUGUAAACAAUCAAUGACCAUAUAAUGCUGUUCAUAUCCUCAGAUGCUGACAUUAUUUGAUUUAUAUACCUAAGAGAACAAACUGUUUUGUUUGAUAUAUUUACUCUGUAAAUCUUACUCCUUUAUAUAUAUAUAUAUGUUUGCUUUAAUUUUGAAGAUCACUAGUAGUACUAUAGUAUCCUAUAGUAUUUGAUUAUCAGCCCAGCUCCAGAGAAAUCACUCAAAAUGAAUGGGUCCUUUGACUGCUUUAUUUUCUUUUAAUAAAGAUAGGUAUGAUACCUGUGUGUUAGUCAUUCUUCCAACUGCAUAUUGAAAUCUAUUAAAUAAUGUGAAUAUCUUUCUACACUAAUAUUCAAAGACUCUAUAGAAUUUGCAGGGAGCUAACAAUUCCAGUAGAGCAAUUUGUUUAGAGUAGUGCCUUUUGAAUAUCAUGAUUGUUUCCUGCCUGCUAUAGAAAUCCUCAGAAACCGUUUAAAUCUCCAACAUACUUUUGUCAAAUCAUUGUUGCUAUAUUAAAACAGUCCAAACCUGA